AUGUCAACCACACAUCGUCCAUUUUCAUUGAAUCACGGUUCAAUAGAACAUACUUUAUUAGUUCCAACUAAUAUUUUUUUCAAUUUUUCUCAAUUGAAAGAUCAAUUCUUAAAAGUUUUACCUGAACCAACUGAAGGUUUUGCUUCAGAUGAUGAACCUUCAUCUCCUGCUGAAUUGGUUGCUAAAUUUUUAGGUUUCACUGCUGAAUUGGUUGAUUCAAAUCAAGUUGGUCAAUUUGAUGAAGUUUUAAAAUUAACUUUAAAUGAAUUUGAAUCAAGAUUUUUGUCUAAUUCAGAUAUUCACACUUUUGCUUCAAAAUUAUUAGCCGAUGAAUCUUAUCCAACUACUCAUUAUAAAAUUAAACAAGUUAUUAAAAAUUAUUUUAAUGCUUUAAUUAAUUCAAAUACUAAAAUUGAAAAAUCAAAAUCUGAUUUAUUAUCAAAUGAUUUAAGUUCAAUUUAUGCUAUAUUUGGUGGUCAAGGUAAUACUGAUGAUUAUUUUGAAGAAUUAAGAGAAUUAUAUCAAAUGUAUAAUGGUUUAAUUUCAAACCUAAUCAAUAAAAUUGCUACUCAAUUAAAUCAUUUAGUUAAAACUACUGAAAAUGUUGAUAAAAUUUAUACUCAAGGUUUUGAUAUUUUAAAUUGGUUAAGAAAUCCUGAAAAAACUCCAGAUCAAGAUUAUUUAUUAAGUGUCCCUGUUUCUUGUCCUUUAAUUUGUGUUAUACAAUUAUGUCAUUACACUGUUACUUGUAAAACUUUAGGUUACACUCCUGGUGAAUUUAGAUCUUAUUUAUCCGGUUCCACUGGUCACUCUCAAGGUUUAGUUACUGCUAUUGCUAUUGCUUCUUCUGAUUCUUGGGAUAAUUUCUUUGAAAACUCUUUAAAAGCCAUUUCUUUAUUAUUCUUUAUUGGUUCAAGAUGUUUAAUCACUUAUCCAAGAACUACUUUACCUCCAACCAUGUUACAAGAUUCUUUAGAAAAUGGUGAAGGUAGACCAUCUCCAAUGUUAUCAAUUAGAGAUUUAUCAGUUGAUCAAGUUAAUGAUUUCAUUAAUCAAACUAAUAAACAUUUACCAAAUGAUAAACACGUUGCUAUCUCCUUGAUUAAUGGUGCUAGAAAUUUGGUUGUUUCUGGUCCUCCAGAAUCAUUAUAUGGUUUAAACUUAUCAUUAAGAAAUAAGAAAGCUCCUUCUGGUUUAGAUCAAGCAAGAAUCCCUCAUUCUGAAAGAAAAUUAAAAUUUUCAAAUCGUUUCUUACCAAUUUUUGCGCCAUUCCAUUCUCACUUAUUAUCUGAUGCUACUGAUUUAAUUUUAAAUGAUUUAGAAGCUAAUAACUUAUCCUUUAAUGAAAAAGAAAUUAAAAUUCCAGUUUUCGAUACUUUCAAUGGUGACAACUUCCAAAAUGGUGUCAAACUGGAAUCUGUUAUUGAAAGAGUUACUAAAUGUAUUACUCAAUUACCUGUCAAUUGGGAAUUAGCUACUAAUUUCAAAUCAACUCACUUAUUAGAUUUUGGUCCAGGUGGUGUUUCUGGUUUAGGGGUUUUAACUCAUAGAAAUAAAGAAGGUACUGGUUCAAGAAUUAUUAUUGCUGGUAGCUUGGAUGUUCAAAAUUCUGAUGAUGAAUAUGGUUUCAAACAAGAAAUCUUUAAUAAAUCUUCAAACUCAAUUAAAUGGGCUCCAAAUUGGUUGAAAGAAUUUAGUCCAAAAUUAGUCAAAACUUCUAAUGAUAAGGUUUUCGUUGAUACUAAAUUCUCAAGAUUAUUAGGUAGAGCUCCUUUAAUGGUUCCUGGUAUGACUCCAUCUACAGUUAAUCCAGAUAUUGUUGCUGCUACUAUUAAUGCUGGUUAUCACAUUGAAUUAGCCGGUGGUGGUUACUUCAGUGGUCCUCAUAUGGAAAAUGCUUUGAAAAAAGUUGUUGAAAAGAUUACUCCAGGUUCUGGUAUUGGUAUUAAUUUGAUUUAUGUUAAUCCAAGAAUGUUACAAUGGGGUAUUCCUUUAAUUAAAGAAUUGAGAGAAAGAAAUUUCCCAAUUCAAUCAAUGACUAUUGGUGCUGGUGUUCCUUCUUUAGAAGUUGCUACUGAAUAUAUUGAAACUUUAGGUUUAACUCACUUAGGUUUGAAACCUGGUUCAAUUGAUGCCAUUAGUCAAGUUAUCUCAAUUGCUAAAGCUCAUCCUAACUUUCCAAUUGUUUUACAAUGGACUGGUGGUAGAGGUGGUGGUCAUCACUCUUUUGAAGAUUUCAACCAACCUAUUUUACAAAUGUAUUCUAAGAUUAGAAGAUGCUCAAACAUUAUUUUAAUUGCUGGUUCUGGUUUUGGUUCGGAUGAAGAUACUUAUCCAUACUUGACUGGUUCAUGGUCUUCUGAAUUCAAUUAUCCUCCAAUGCCUUUCGAUGGUGUCUUAUUUGGAUCUCGUGUUAUGACUGCUAAAGAAGCUCAUACUUCUUUGGAUGCUAAAAAGGCUAUUGCCAGCUGUUCUGGUGUUCCAGAUUCUCAAUGGGAAAACACUUAUAAAAAGCCAACUGGUGGUAUUAUUACUGUUAGAUCUGAAAUGGGUGAACCAAUUCAUAAGAUUGCUACCAGAGGUGUUAUGUUCUGGAAAGAAUUGGAUGAAACCAUUUUCAAUUUACCAAAAAAUAAACUCUUAGAUGCUUUGAAUAAAAAGAAGGAUUACAUCAUUAAUAGAUUAAAUAAAGAUUUCCAAAAACCUUGGUUUGCUAAAAAUGCUACUGGUGUUUGUGAUUUACAAGAUAUGACUUAUCAAGAAGUUGCUAAUAGAUUAAUCGAAUUAAUGUAUGUUAAAAAAUCCGAAAGAUGGAUCGAUGUAUCAUUAAGAAAUUUCUUUGGUGAUUAUUUAAGAAGAGUUGAAGAAAGAUUCACUACUUCUGAAGGUUCUGAAUCUUUACUCCAAAACUAUAAUGUUUUGACUUCUAAUCCUCAAUCUUUCUCUGAUAAAUUCUUUGACAAAUUCCCAUUAGCUAAAGAACAAUUAAUCAAUGAAGAAGAUUGUGAUUACUUCUUAAUGUGCUGCUCUAGACCAACUCAGAAACCAGCUCCUUUUGUUCCUGUCUUGAAUGAAACUUUUGAAUUCUUUUUCAAGAAAGAUUCUUUAUGGCAAUCUGAAGAUUUGGAAGCUGUUGUUGACGAAGAUGUUCAAAGAACCUGUAUCUUACACGGUCCUGUGGCUGCUCAAUUUACUAAUGAAAUCAAUGAGCCAAUUAAAGAUAUUUUAGAUUCUAUUCACGAUGGUCACAUUGCAAGAUUAAUUAAAGAUGAAUAUGCUGGUGAUGAAUCUAAAAUUCCAGUUGUUGAAUACUUCGGUGGCCAACAACCUACUGCUAUUGCUGCUUCUGCUUCGGAUGAAAUCACUGAUGACGUCCGUGUCUUCAAAGUUGGUGCUGGAGAAUCUAUUUCCAAAGCUAAAUGGUUACAAAAAUUAGCUGGUGACAAAAUCAAUUGGUUACAUGCUUUCAUCACCACUGCUAGAAUUGUUCAAGGUUCAAACCAUGCUCCUAAUUCAACUCAAGAUAUUUUAGCUCCAGUUCCUAACUCAGUCACUAAGAUUGAAAAUCCAAAUGUUUCUUCUAAAACUAAAUUAACUGUUUUCGAAUCUGUUCAAGGUGACUUAAAACCGGUCGCUGAAAUCAAAUUAGUUAAAGAAAACAUUAUUGAAUUAUCUCUUAUUGAACAUAGAACUGCUGAUGGAAAGCCUGUUGCUUUACCAUUCUUGUAUAAAUAUAAUCCAAAUGAUGGUUUUGCUCCAAUCUUAGAAGUCAUGGAAGGUAGAAAUGAUAGAAUCAAAGAAUUUUACUGGAAACUAUGGUUUGGUCAUAACUAUCCUGUCGACUUUGACAUUGAUGUUCAAAAAACUAUUAUUGGUGACGAAAUCACUAUUACUUCUCAAGAUAUUGCUGAAUUCACUCAUGCUAUUGGUAACAAAUGUGAAGCUUUUGUUUCUAGACCUGGUAAAGAAAUUUUGGCUCCAAUGGACUUUGCUAUUGUUAUUGGUUGGAAAGCUAUUAUGAAAGCUAUCUUCCCAAAGACUGUUGAUGGUGAUUUAUUGAAAUUGGUUCACAUGUCUAAUGGUUAUAGAAUGAUUCCUGGUGCUGAACCUUUGAAAAAGGGUGACGUUGUCAGCUCAAGUGCUGAAAUCAAGGCUGUUAUUAAUCAAGCUUCUGGUAAAUUGGUUGAAGUUAUUGGUACCAUCUCUAGAGAUGAUAAACCUGUUAUGGAAGUUACUUCUCAAUUCUUAUACAGAGGUGACUACAAUGAUUAUGAAAAUACCUUCCAAAAGGUUACUGAAAAUCCAGUUCAAGUUCAUAUCAAAAACUCUAAAGACUUAGCUAUUUUAAGAUCUAAAGAAUGGUUCCACUUGGAAAAAGAAAUUGAAUUAUUGAACCAAACUUUAACUUUCAGAUGUGAAUCAACCUAUCAUUUCAAGAGUGCUGAUAUUUAUUCUUCCAUCAGAACCAAUGGUCAAGUCUUCUUAGAAUUACCAACUAAAGAAAUCAUCCAAGUUGGUUCUGUUGAUUAUGAAGCUGGUAAGUCUUAUGGUAAUCCAGUUACUGAUUACUUGACUAGAAAUGGUAAUACUAUUGAACAAGCUGUUACUUUUGAAAAUGCUAUUCCAAUUUCUUCUGGUGAAGAAUUGACCUCUAAAGCUCCAGGUACUAAUGAACCAUAUGCUAAAGUUUCUGGUGAUUACAAUCCUAUUCAUGUUUCGAGAGUUUUUGCUGCUUAUGCUAAAUUACCAGGUACCAUUACUCACGGUAUGUACUCAUCUGGUUCCAUUAGAUCAUUAGUUGAAGAAUGGGCUGCUAAUAAUGUUGCUUCAAGAGUUAGAGCUUUCGAUGUGACAUUCACUGGUAUGGUCUUACCAAAUGAUACUUUACAAACUACUUUGGAACAUGUUGGUAUGAUCAAUGGUCGUAAGAUCAUUAAGAUUGAAACAAAGAAUGUUGAAUCUGACUUAACUGUUUUAUCUGGUGAAGCUGAAAUUGAACAACCAAUCACUACUUAUGUUUUCACUGGUCAAGGUUCUCAAGAACAAGGUAUGGGUAUGGACUUAUACAAUAGCUCUGAAGUUGCUCGUGAUGUUUGGGAUAGAGCUGAUCGUCACUUUGUUGAUAAUUAUGGUUUCUCUAUUCUUGACAUCGUUAAGAAUAAUCCAAAUGAAUUAAUCAUUCAUUUCGGUGGUGCUAAAGGUAGAAAGAUUAGAGACAAUUAUAUGGGUAUGAUGUUCGAAACCAUUUCUGAAGAUGGUUCCAUUAGAUCAGAAAAAAUCUUCAAAGAUAUCGAUCAUACUACUACUUCUCAUACUUUCGUGUCUCCAACUGGUUUGUUAUCUGCUACUCAGUUCACUCAACCUGCUUUAACCUUAAUGGAAAAAGCAUCUUACGAAGAUAUCAAAUCUAAGGGUUUGGUUCCAAGUGAAAUCAUGUUUGCUGGUCAUUCUUUGGGUGAAUAUUCUGCUUUAUCUUCCUUAGCUAACGUUAUGCCAAUCGAAUCAUUAGUCGAUGUUGUUUUCUAUAGAGGUAUGACUAUGCAAGUUGCUGUUCCAAGAGAUGACCAAGGAAGAUCUAAUUAUGGUAUGUGUGCUGUUAACCCUGCCAGAGUUAACCCAACUUUCAACGAUUCCGCUUUAAGAUUUGUUGUUGAUGAAGUUGCUGAAAAGACUGGCUGGUUAUUAGAAAUUGUUAACUACAAUGUUGAAAAUGCCCAAUAUGUUACUGCUGGUGAUUUGAGAGCUUUAGAUACUUUGACCAAUGUCUUGAACGUUAUUAAAUUGAAUAAGAUUGACAUUGUCAAAUUGCAAGCUACUCUUUCCUUAGAUCAAGUUAGAGAACACUUGAAGGAAAUUAUAACCGAAGUAUCUGCUCAAUCUGUUGCUAAACCACAACCUAUUGACUUACAAAGAGGUUUUGCUGUUAUUCCAUUGAAGGGUAUUUCUGUUCCUUUCCACUCUUCUUACUUGAUGUCUGGUGUUAAACCAUUCCAAAGAUUCUUAUGUAAGAAGAUUCCAAAAUCAUCUGUUAAACCAAAUGAUUUGAUUGGUAAAUACAUUCCUAACUUAACUGCUAAACCAUUUGAAAUCACUAAGGAAUACUUCCAAGAAGUUUACAACUUAACUAAAUCAGAAAAAAUUUUAAGCAUCAUCAACAAUUGGGAAUCCUAUGAAUCAGCUUAA